AUGGUGGACAGCGCAGAGUCGUGGGACGCGGUGGUGUCUUUCUGCGAGGAUGUGAUGUCGCAGAAGGAAACUGCGGAACGGGAGAGGGAGAUCUUACUGACUUCCUUUCCCAACCGCAGAAGGCGCACCGGGCCAUCAUCGGAGCCAAUGCGGCUGUUCCCACCACCGCCGCCGUCACGGCGUAUGUCAUCCAACCUGGUGGACAAGCUUAGACGGCAGCUCAUGCGGGACAAUUAUGACUAUCAGAAUGGAAACUCCAACGAGCGCAGGAAACAGAAUGCCACUCGCAGCGAGGCAGCCGCGGCAGGCAGCGCAGAGCAGCAUAUGCAGGGCAACCUCUACGUGCCCGACCAGCCUGAGCAGCCUGAACCAUUUGAGCAAGCUGAGCCCCUCCAGGAGCCCGCCCAAUUUGAGCAGCCCGAGCAGUUCGAGCAGCCCCAAGAUGGCGAGCAGCCUCAGGAUGGCAAGCCACCACCGCAACGUGAACCACCACCUCAGCACGAUGCACCGCUGCAUCGCCCACAUCGCCAGCAACCGCAGCGUGGUCACCGCUUCGAGCAGCAGAAACGGUACGAGAGGCCGCAGCAGAAGCAAGCCGGUGACUGGCCGCGCUACCAGGAGCCCGGGGACGGAGCGCCGCCCACUGACCUACGGGACGAUCGCGACUACUCGCCUGACCGAAACGGCAACCCCACCCACCUCAAUAAGCGGCGCGACGCACUGGACGAUGGUUUUGUAAAUCAAAUGCAAGUCGCACCCGUUGGUCAAAGAAACAGGAAAAGGCAACUACAAAGACGGGGACAAGGUGGUGGUGGUGACUACAUACGAGAGAAGGGUCCGACACCUCCUAUAGAUCUAGACGAAAUAGAUCCGCCGCUUAAAAAUGAGCCGCAUGACAACCCGGAGUAUGUAGACCAGCCCGAGCAGCAAAACGAGCGUGAGGUACAUGAUGCCCCCGAGCAGCAGAACGAGCGCGAGAUACAUGAUGCCCCCGAGCAGCAGGACAACGCCGAGCAGCACGAGCACUCCGACCAGCAAGACCACCCCGAACAACAGAACGACCAAGCCUCUGACUACUCGGACGCCAAACGUCAACGUGAAGCGGUCUACGAUGAGUUCACAGGACGUGGCAGCAAGCAACCCCAGCGCGGAGGUAGGCCUACAGGCCCACCCCCGCAAAACAAGCGAGACCAUCAAAUCUCUAACAAAGACUUAUUGUACUACAUGGACGACCACCAGCUGCGACGAAACAAUAUUGCGUCAGACUAUCAAUCGUUUUCCGACGAAAACGAAUCGGACGAGCAGAACAGCAUUGAUAAUAGUACCCAUACUAACCGUGCCGAUGUCAACGCUAGCCGGGUCACUGCACGCGGUUUAGCCCCUGGUCGCAUAGGACCUCGUCGAGCUAAUUUCAGUUAUUUUUACGCAAAUGGUACGAAAAUGAAUGUAGGGCGUAGGAUGGAUAUGGAAGUGAAUGCAACGCUGCGGCCGCGAUUGGACCACACAAAGCGCACCUUCGUGGUCACCGUGGCGGGAGCCAACGUCACCUACAAACUAUUAACGCUGAAAAGCCGCGACCAACGUCGCAGUGGGUCCCGGCGGUUCCUGGAGGAGCGCGCGCCGCACAGCGUGUCACUCAUCAGCCUGGACAAGGCGCCGCUGCCCGCCUUUCGCCUGCCGCGCAUGCGCCGCCAGUACAUGCACGAGCCGCACGACCACCGCAACCCGCUCGAUGACAUCAUGCCUCACCACCGACGCCCCAACCACCAUUAAUAAAUUGAUAUGAGUUACAUUUAAAAUCUAUGCCUUUCAUUUAAACCUCUCAAAGUCAUGAAUGUUAUUAAGUCUCCUCAGUGU